AAACUGGCCGGUGUGAGCAUGGCGGCGCGAUUGCGAAUUACUGUCGUUUUAUGGUGUUUUUCUUUGGUUUAAAAAAAAUAUUUUGUCAAUUUUGCACGGCAGUCUGUUUGAAAAUGUAAAUAAUAUUGUGCGUAUAAGAAUCUAACGGCGUAAACGUUCUGUUAUGUUGCUUAUAUUUAAUAGGUAAGUGCCCGGGUUUUCUCGAUCGAAUUAUGGCGUCCAACGAUGAAACAAGCGGAGACGACGAAAACAAGGAGUUUUUUAAGAAAGACACAAAUCCUAUAACAACCCAGGAUAUGUGUACGGUGUGUGACCUUAUAAUUUCUGAAUGCACUUGCAAUAUUCAACGACGAACAUUUCAAGUUGAAUUGGACUUGUCUAAUGGUGGUAGUAGUGCUAGUGGAGAGGCCCUUGUGGAAGAGUUUGUUCUGUUAAGCAAUGGCCAGGAUUCACUAGAGAGCUUCGACAAGGAGAUAGUUAGUAAUGCUGAUAACCACAAUAAUUCCAUAAUUUGUGAAAUACCAAAGACUCCUUCCAUAACUGCAGAUUCCGAAUCAAAUGAUUUUUUACAGAGCAUUAUUGUCGAUGAAAAGUCUAACUUACCUGAUCAUUCUGACAGUGGAAAAUUUAGCAAUAGGGCAGUGACAUUUGGUCAAAGUAAACUAUUCCCUGAAACAAAUAGUGAUUUGAUUGUUAAGUGUAGUGAUAUUAAAAGUGAGUGUGACGAAAAUAGUAAAGAAUAUAAUGGUGAAGAUACACCUAUGACUCCUGAUAUAAGAAUGAAAGAUACAAAUGAUUUAUCAAAUGACUCGCAAGUCAUUCUCAAGUCUAAUGCCUUAAAUUCUAAAUCAGACUUAAAUGUAGGCUGUGAUACAAAUUGCACAGAUAAUCCUGAGCAGUCCCCUAUUAGUACUAAUAAUAAUACCAUAAAAGUUAAAACAGAAACCAUUGCAAAUGAAGAGGCUCCUCCAAAUAAAAGACAAAAAAGGUGUUCAAUGUUUAUUGAUAAUUUAGAUGAAAGUCUUUUAGAAGGCAAGAAAGGGGUUGAGCUUUUACAUGCCAUUGAAAAUCAAUCAAAUAAACAUCUGGAGACGCACAAAUCCAGUUCUGGCGAGUCUGUAACAGCUCAGUGUUCUCCUAGGAAAGGUAGGACACGUUCUGUUGACGUAAUUUCAUGUUCUAGAAAAAAAAUAAAAAGGUCAUAUUCAGCAGAUGUUGAUCAUAAAGAUAUUAAAAUUAGGAAAAUUGAUUUUUCACAGUACAAACAUAAACAUAAAAGUGAACUAAAAUGCUCAAAAUCAAAAAGUGUUCACCAUCGAAGACAUAGUAGUAGUAGCAGUAGCAAAAGACAUGAUUCCAGGAGCAGUAAAAGUGGGAAUAGUAGAGAACAUUCAAGUAGCUCAAGUUCAAGACACAGAGAUGCCAAGCUUAAACUUAUGACUAAUGGCAACUAUAGUUAUCCACCCGAAGAUCUGUCUUUGAAAUACAGAAAAUACUUUCACAUAGAAACCCAUACAAAUGGUGGAGCAAAAAUUUUAAGAAUGUACCAUGAAGAAAUCAAACAUUUAAGUUCCAGUGAAAUCAAGGAACUGGCGCAAGAAUGGUUUAAGUUAGCAUUUGAAGAAGAUGCAAAUGGCCAUGCAACAUUUGUUAUUGCUGUGGUUCAUGGUUCUGCUACAUAUUUACCUGAUAUAUUGGAGUAUAUGGCAGAAAAUUAUCCAACUUUAACUGUCAAAAAUGGUUUGCUAAGUAAGAGUUCUGAUAUAGAAACCACAACAUUAUCAGCUUAUAAUAGAAAUGUUGUGCAACAUUAUGAAGCAGGUACUGUCAGGUUUGGACCCCUACACCAAAUAAGUAUAGUAGGAACAGCACAUGAAGAAGUAGGUGGAUAUUUUCCAGAUUUGCUUGAUCUUUUAGAAGAGAAUUAUUUCUUGAAAAUGACUAUGCCCUGGGGGCCAUUAUCAAUACUAGACCAAAUGAAACCUACUGAAAGUAAUGAUGGACCAAUUAUUUGGUGUAGACCAGGUGAACAGUUAGUACCAACUGCUGACAAUAGAACACCUAACAAAAGAAAAAGAACUGGUAUAAAUGAGCUGAGGAAUUUACAGUAUUUACCAAGAAUGUCAGAAGCAAGGGAACAUCUAUUUGAAGAUCGCACAAGAGCACAUGCAGAUCAUGUUGGUGCUGGAUUAGAUAGAAAAACCACUGCUGCUGUUGGCAUUCUUAAAGCCAUUCAUGGAUGUAAAGAUGAAGGCUCGAUCAAUAGAGUGACAAAGGAUGUUGUAGCAUUUUCAGCAAAAUACUUUGAUAUUCUUGCUGAAAAGUUACAGUUGGAUUUACAUGAGCCACCUAUUUCACAGUGUGUUACAUGGAUAGAAGAUGCUAAAUUAAAUCAGUUAAGAAGGGAGGGUAUUGAAUAUGCUAGAGUGAAUUUGUAUGAUAAUGACAUUUAUUUUUUGCCAAGAAAUAUUAUUCAUCAAUUUCGUACAGUUACAGCUGUGACUAGCAUAGCGUGGCAUGUGAGGUUGAAAAUUUAUUAUGAUCUUCAAGAUGCAGAUACUAAAGAAAAUGCGAAUUCCAAGUCAUCACAUAAUUUUAAAAUUAAAACUCCUAAACCCCCAAGUAGUCAAAUUAGUAAUAAGAAUCCCAGUGUUGAGAAAGUCAAACAUAAAAUAGAUUUUGAAAAGUUGAAAAUAAAAAUUGGCGAGAAGGUUAAAAAUUAUAAUGAAAAAGAAAAACAUAAGUCCAGCAGCAGUAGUGAUGAAAACAGAAUAUCAAAAGAUAAGGAUAGAGAAAGACAUAAAGAGAGGGAUAGAGAAAAAUCCAGGAAAGAGCAUAAACAUAGAGACAGGCAUGAUAGAGAUAAAGAAAGGCAUAAGAUUAGAGAUGAUAAGCACAGGCAUCAUAGCAGUUCUAGCUCGUAUAAGGAUAGUGACAAAGAUAAAAGAGACAAACAUCACAAGAGUCACUCUUCAGAUAAAGCAAAGCAAUCCGGUGAUAAAAAACACAAUCAUAGCAAGGUGUUGACCAAUAGUCUUUCUUCUGAUUCCAAAGAAGAUUCUGGUAGAGAAAUGAAGCAAAUAUCUUCGUCAUCUGUUACUACAGAUACAUCCACAACCACAUUAGUACCACACAGUUCUGAAACAUCACUUUCAGUCAAAACUGGCAGUAGUUCAAAUUCAAUUGACAGUUCUCCUCAGAAAUCAGAAGUUAAGCGAUACAGUGGUGAGGGGAUCUCCCCCAAGAAACCCAUUAAGUUAAAAAUAAAACCAUUACCAGCGCCUUCCAAUGACAUAUUAGGUGAUAUAUUAACAUCAAUGACCAAAUGUGAUCCACAAAUAUAAUAUUAAUUUACAGAUUGGUUAAAAUUUGUCAAGCUGCUGACAUUUUUUAAUCAGUCUGUCUGUACUUAAUUCAGAAAGUGUUAUUGUAAAUAAGAGUAAAUUAUGUAGUUUUUAAUCACUAUUUUGCCAUUGAUUAGUUCUUUUUAUAUUCCCUUUUUUAGAGAAAAAAUAUUUGAUAGAGAUCAUAAGUACCAAAAAUAUCUGAUGAUACUGGGGAUUUGAAAUAAUUGCCUAUAAAAAUAUCUUUUCCUCAGAAUUUUAAUUCUAUUUAUAAGCCUAUAUAUAGAAUCUCUGUAAAAAUAUUUUUGACGUAUUUUUUAGCUUUGUAUUGAACAAACUUUUUUCCUAAACAUUUUUGAUUUUCAGUUUAGCCUUUUAAAGUGAAUUCUAAAGUUGAUAGAUCAAGACAAUACAAUAAACAUUGUUAAUAAGGCUUCAUAUAUUUUGUUACUUUUGGUGGUUUAACAAACUGUUAUCCCUUAAGCGCAAAUAUAAGGGUUUGUUUGUUUAAUAUUUUGAUGUUGUUUGUUUUUAUAAAAUUCUAACGAGAACAAAACACAAGUUUGUUAUUUUAUUCACUAUGUAAUUUUCUGUAUACUAAAUAUUCCAAUUAACUUCUUUAUUUUUGUUAAUUGUUUCAUUUAUUGUCAUGAGUAAAAUAACUUUCUUUCUAGUACUCUGAAACGAUUUUCCAAAUACUACUUUUUGUUUUUCCAGUGUUUUCAAAGGUGCUAUUUGUUUAUUGUGGAUUAUAUCAGUAAGGAUCUUCAAACAUUUCUGGUUUUUCAAAUAUUGCUGUAGUUUAAUUUGAGCAUAUUUUUUAAUUUAUUUCAUGCUAUACAGUUUCUAGUCAUAAAAUUGCUUCUUACAAAUAUGAUCCGCUGCGCCUCAUAUCACUGUGUUGUAUAAUAUCAGUGAUAGAUACUGAAUUUGAUAGGUGAUCAUGGUUAUUUUCUGUCAAUUAAUAAUUAAUUCAACUGAGUAUGGCAUCAAUAAAAAUUAACUUUAGUACAAAAAAGUAGGCAUAGCUUACUUGAGCAAAUAGCAUCUCACAUGUUUUGUGUUAUUUAAAGAAAAAACAUUGCUGGUUUUGUUCGAUCUCAGCAAAAACGAAAUCAAUUUAAACCUAUUUAUUUCUCACUGUAAUCUAAUAAAUAUAUUGUAAAUAUGUAUAUUUCGAAACUAGUGUACAGUUUUUUUACAUAGUCAGAAGAAAGCGUUAAGUGUUGUUGUUUAGAGUUAAUAUAACAAUGUUAUAAAUUUUUAGAGGUCAUUUUCCCAAAAAUAUCUAAUUUCUAUAUUUAAUAUAUUAAAAGAAAUAUUUUGUGUGUAACAUUUAUUUAAAUUUUUUUAUAUGUCAAUAAUUAAAUAAACAGUUCAUAGAAAAUAAUACAAUUUUGUAGUGAAUAUUGAACAUACAUUUCCCAGGUUUAUUGAAAUAUUCUUAAGGUUUAUUUAUGUAUUUAUUUGGUAUGUUCUGUUUUAAAUAUUUUUUCUAUGACUGUUAUCUGGGCUUUGAAAGACACAUUGUAUAUAGAGUGGUAUCAAAACUAAAUAAAAGAAAGCUAGUAUUUUCAUAUUGUAUUAAAUAGUAAAACUAACAUGUAAAGUUCCUUCUUACAUCCAAAGUGUCGGUUUUCUUAUAAGCCAAUAAAUUUCUUAACUACAUUACCGGUGUCUUCGUAUUUUAUUAUUGUGAUAAGUUUUAUUUGUUAACUUUCAGUUACUAGUUUUUUUCUUAAUUAUUUCUUUCACUUUUAGCUUUAGUUUUAAUAAUGAAUUAAGUUGCAUUCCAAACAGUAUUUUCAUUUCAAUGAAGUUGUCUAUGGCA